UCUCCAGCGGGGGCUGUGCGAACUGCACUGACACGCGCUGCCUCUUCCCCGCUCGGUUUAGCAGCGCGCGCGCGUGUGUGUGUCUGUGUGCGCGCGCGCGUGCGCGCGGAGGAGGGUAGGUAGCUUAUUAUUUUUAGUUUUGGUCGUGUUGCUUUGGGGCCGGCUGAGGGGCCAAAGCGGCCGUAGUGGUUACCCCUCCAGCCCCCCACCCUCCGCUUGCAUGCCCACGGCGCGGCAAGUCCCUGAGGACGGAAAGAAUCUGGUAUCCUUAGCAUCGCUGCAUCCCGCGCGGCCAGGGCGGCGGGGAAAGUGUCCUGCUCUAGGGCGGCUUGGGCUUGGGCUAUUAGGGCCGCUGCGCUGGGCUGGGCUUUGUUUUCUGCGCCCCCGUCGCAGGCACUCUAGGCGGACGUGGAUCUGGGGCUCCCAGCAGUGGCCCGCGAGCUGGUCGGAGAUUGCUGGCACCCAGCAAGACAGGGAAUACAAGAGAAGCCGAGAGGCCGAUGGAAACUCCAGCAGCUGCCCCUUGUGGGACGAGAGCGCGCGGAGAAAUGUGUGCGCAGCGGGGCUGAAUCAGGCCCCCGCGACGUCUCAAGCGGUCCCCGCCUCCGCUGCCCUGCCCACGAGGCCGCUGCUUGGGCCCGGGACCGAGGAGGGGGCUGCGUGCCGGCUCCGGGCAUUGGGAUGCGGCAAAACAUUGCAGUACUCGCCAUCGCCAGCGGCCCCUCCAGCCGCGUCGCUGCCGGCCCGAGGUAGCGCACAGGGGUUGGCAGUGACCGAGUCUCUCCGCGGAGUCCCCCACCCCCGCCCCAAGCGGGCCGACGGAGAUUUCUCCUGCCAGCUCCAGGGGAGCCACCUUGGCCCACCUUCCCCAGUCGUCGGCCUCCCGCAGGCCAGUUCCCUCCUCACGGGCGCGGAGCGACAGGCGCGGCACUCUGGUGGAUGCCCGAUUUGUGAUUAUUUCUCUUUAUUCAGAAGCAUAAAGUUGUUUGCUGAGUGCAAGAAGAUGUUUCUUUGGCUCUUUCUGAUUUUGUCAGCCCUGAUUUCUUCGACAAAUGCAGAUUCUGACAUAACGGUGGAAAUUUGCAAUGUGUGCUCCUGCGUGUCGGUUGAGAAUGUGCUCUAUGUCAACUGUGAGAAGGUUUCAGUCUACAGACCAAAUCAGCUUAAACCACCUUGGUCUAAUUUUUAUCACCUCAAUUUCCAAAACAAUUUUUUAAAUAUCCUCUAUCCAAAUACAUUCUUGAAUUUUUCACACGCAGUAUCCCUGCAGCUGGGAAAUAAUAAACUGCAGAACAUUGAGGGAGGAGCCUUUCUUGGGCUCAGUGCGUUAAAGCAGUUGCACUUGAACAACAAUGAAUUAAAGAUUCUCCGAGCUGACACUUUCCUUGGCAUAGAGAACUUGGAGUAUCUCCAGGCUGACUACAAUUUAAUCAAGUAUAUUGAACGAGGAGCCUUCAAUAAGCUCCACAAACUGAAAGUUCUCAUUCUUAAUGACAAUCUGAUUUCAUUCCUUCCUGAUAAUAUUUUCCGAUUCGCAUCUUUGACCCAUCUGGAUAUACGAGGGAACAGAAUCCAGAAGCUCCCCUAUAUCGGAGUUCUGGAACACAUAGGACGUGUUGUCGAGUUGCAGCUGGAAGAUAACCCAUGGAACUGUAGCUGUGAUUUGUUGCCUUUAAAAGCUUGGCUGGAGAAUAUGCCAUAUAACAUUUACAUAGGAGAAGCUAUCUGUGAAACUCCCAGUGACUUAUAUGGAAGGCUUUUAAAAGAAACCAACAAACAAGAAUUAUGCCCCAUGGGCACGGGCAGUGAUUUUGAUGUCCGAAUCCUGCCUCCAUCUCAGCUGGAAAAUGGCUAUACCACUCCCAGUGGUCACACUACCCAAACAUCCUUACACAGAUUAGUGACCAAACCACCGAAAACGACAAAUCCUUCCAAGAUCUCUGGAAUUGUGGCAGGCAAAGCCCUCUCCAACCGAAAUCUCAGUCAGAUUGUGUCUUACCAAACGAGGGUGCCUCCUCUUACACCUUGCCCAGCACCUUGCUUUUGCAAAACACAUCCUUCAGAUUUGGGACUGAGUGUCAACUGCCAAGAGAAAAAUAUACAGUCCAUGUCUGAACUGAUGCCGAAACCUUUAAAUGCCAAGAAGUUGCACGUCAAUGGCAAUAGCAUCAAAGAUGUGGACAUCGCAGACUUCACUGAGUUUGAAGGACUCGAUUUGCUCCAUUUAGGCAGCAAUCAGAUUACAGCGAUCAAGGGAGACGUGUUCCACAAUCUCACGAAUUUACGCAGGCUGUAUCUCAAUGGCAAUCAGAUCGAAAGACUCUAUCCCGAAAUAUUUUCUGGCCUUCAUAACCUGCAGUAUCUGUAUUUGGAAUACAAUUUGAUCAAGGAAAUCUUAGCAGGCACCUUUGACUCGAUGCCAAAUUUACAGUUACUGUACUUAAACAAUAAUCUCUUAAAGAGCCUGCCUGUUUAUAUUUUUUCUGGAGCACCCCUUGCUAGACUGAACCUGAGGAACAACAAAUUCAUGUACCUACCUGUCAGCGGGGUCCUUGAUCAGCUGCAGUCUCUUACACAGAUUGACUUGGAGGGCAAUCCGUGGGACUGCACUUGUGACUUGGUGGCAUUAAAGCUGUGGCUGGAGAAGUUGAACGACGGGAUUGUUGUGAAAGAGCUAAAAUGUGAGACGCCUGUUCAGUUUGCCAACAUUGAACUGAAGUCCCUCAAAAAUGAAAUCUUAUGUCCCAAACUCUUAAACAAGCCAUCUGCACCAUUCACGAGCCCUGCACCUGCCAUUACGUUCACCACCCCACUGGGUCCCAUUCGAAGUCCUCCUGGUGGCCCAGUGCCUCUGUCUAUUUUAAUCUUAAGUAUCUUAGUGGUCCUCAUUUUAACUGUGUUUGUUGCUUUUUGCCUUCUUGUUUUUGUGCUCCGACGGAACAAGAAACCCACGGUGAAGCAUGAAGGCCUGGGGAAUCCAGAGUGUGGCUCCAUGCAGCUGCAGCUAAGGAAGCAUGACCACAAAACCAAUAAAAAAGAUGGACUGAGCACAGAAGCUUUCAUUCCACAAACCAUUGAACAGAUGAGCAAGAGCCACACCUGUGGCUUGAAAGAGUCAGAAACCGGAUUCAUGUUUUCAGAUCCUCCGGGACAGAAAGUCAUUAUGAGAAAUGUUACCGACAAGGAGAAAGAUUUAUUACAUGUGGAUACCAGGAAGAGACUGAGCACAAUUGAUGAGUUGGAUGAAUUAUUCCCAAGCAGGGAUUCCAAUGUGUUUAUUCAGAAUUUUCUUGAAAGCAAAAAGGAGUACAAUAGCAUAGGUGUCAGUGGCUUUGAGAUCCGCUAUCCAGAAAAACAACAAGACAAAAAAAACAAGAAGUCGCUGAUAGGCGGCAACCACAGUAAAAUUGUUGUGGAGCAAAGGAAGAGCAGUGAGUAUUUUGAACUGAAGGCAAAACUCCAGAAUUCCCCUGACUACCUACAGGUCCUUGAGGAGCAGACAGCUUUGAACAAGAUCUAGGUCAUGCAAUCUUACUUCAUACAGAGGACAUUUAUUUAAUGAUGAAAGUGCCUUUUGUUGACUUCUAACUUCCAAAUACUAUAUUAUCAAUAGGCAUAGAGGCAGGUGUUUCCAAGGGUGUCUCAUUAACUGUAGCUGCAAAGAUGUGUCCAGUAGAAGAGAAUUUCCUUAAUAGAUUUUACUACAUAAAACCUAUACUGUGGAGUCCUGUGGGGAUACUGCAAACUCUAUUGCCAAAGGGAUGCUUUAUAUACACAAUACACUGAAUUUAACCUCAAGAGGCAAAUCUGUUUUGUACCCAAAUGCAAAACCUUCGUCUCUUUGUGCUUUGUAAAGCAAACUCAAGAAAACUGGUACCAGUGUUUGUACCUAGCUGGGUCCUUCACCUUGCACGUAGAUUAAGUUGGUGGAACUGGAAUAAUCCUUUUGAUUUGUGGCAUUGUAACAACUCUGUGUAAAGAUUAUCUGAAAAGUAAAAAAAAAAAAAGCAUGCAAAGAGAGAACAUUCGAUAGUAUUUGUAAAUCGGUAACCUUUAUGGCCUGCAUCUUGAAACCACUGGAUUUAUAAUGUUAAAUUGUGCAAAUAUUUGUUUAAAAUAUACCAUGCAUUACAUAACUAUAAAAUAAAUUUGAACACUUUAAGCAUUACCUGUCUAUACAUAAAACCUAAAAGAGAAAAAAAAAUCAAUGUGAGUUACAUAGCGUUUGUGGUGAUCUGAAGAAAUACGUGAUGUCUAUCAGAAUUAAACAUGGCUCAAAUUAAACUAACAUUAGAGUUUGUUCUCAGUUACGUGAAAUACCCACAAUCCUUAAAGGUUGUCCAAAAUUAGCAAAGUGCUUACCGUGUGAGCGCACCCAAAGCUAUUUUUGUAACAUAAUUCAUAUUUAUGAAGUUCUUUGUAUACUAAAUAGGAAAAUAUGUACUCCUUAAUAUGUAUUUAAGAUGCCUGAAUUGUUUUCCUGAUCACAGGGAAUUUAUCAAUAAGUAUAAAUUUAGACAGAAAAAGUAUACCAAAAUGAAACCGAAGCUUAUGUGUACAGAAAUAUUCUGGACAUUGUGAUCAGGUAUAAUUUAAAAAUAAAACAAACAAAAAAACCAAAAAAGAGACAAAAAUACAAAAAAACCAGUUCUGUGCUAUUCAUGAGAAUUUAGCGUAUUCAGAUUUGUUACCAGCUGUGCAUUUUAAAAUAGGUUCCUUAGUUUUAUAGUAUUGUGUCUGGGGCAGUUGUUAUUUGACAUCAGUUGUCUUGCUUUUCAGGAUUCUAUGAGCUUAAUUCAAAUAGUUUUCACUACAAAUACUUAAAAAGUUAGUGAGUAAGGUUAAUAGUUAUAUCUCGUCUGCAUCGGUAUCCUGUUCUUUCAUCAUUCUGACUACUAUCGGAUAAUCAAGUAGAACAGUAAACAUCAUGGUAAUCUUGGCUGUCGAAGCCACACUGUAAAAUGCUAUCAUUGGUCUCAGAUGAGUUCAGUCUGCAACUACAACUGGAUAUGCCACUGUGUUUGCUUGUGCUGUUAACUGCUAGCCCAAAUUGGUCACAGGAAGGAAGGCCUUGAUAAUGGGAGAUAUUUGAAGACUUUUAGGAGUUCCCAAUUCGUGGAAUGACAUCCCGAAACACAUUGCCUUCUUGGCCUGCCUGCAUAUGUAUAUUUUUUGUGCUCCCUUUACUAUAAUUACUGAAUUAAUCAGUAAGAUGACCCAGAAGGUAAACAUAAACAUUCUUCAUGAAUUUCAAAUGGCAGAUGUUUUGGUGCAGCUUCCAAAAAUGAUAUGAUGGUUAAAGUUGUAACAGCAGUCCCUUUAUUAAUUACUAAUUUCAGGGCUUUCUAUGUUUGUUCCAAGAUAAAAAACAAACAACUUGGCAUUCUUGGAGGUGUGUGUGUGUGUGUGGGUGGGUGUGUGGAUGUGUUUGGGUGUAUAUGCAUACAUAUAGAUAAUUUGGAGAUUUGUUUUUAAUGGCAAAAAAAAUUGUCUCCAUAUGUAUGUGCUGGUGCUCUUAAAACUUUAAUGUGUAAUUUUAAUUUUCUUGACAAUGUCUGUGAAAACUUUAUAUGAAUAUUAAAAAAUACAAAUAAAUACUUGCUUUCUGAUCUUGAAAGAAAAGACAUGAAGAUGUGUGCCCAACAACUUGUUUUCAUCUACAAUUUCAUAAGGACUUUUAAUAUGCCAUUACCGUGCUGGCAUGUAUUCAUGGAUUAAAGGGCUCCUAGUGCAUACUGGCAGGAUAAAGAUGCAAAGGCUUCAAAGAAAGUGUUUUAGUUUAUCCUGUCAAUAAAGUAUGGAUUGAGGAAUCUUAAGUGGACACUUAUGGGAGGAACCGGAAAGCUCCGUCCAUGAUCGCGGGAUAAUAGGUCAUUGGGAUGCCUUUUAUUCAGUGUGGUGAUGCUUUGAAGCUGUUUCAAGGUUUCUGCAGAGUUGUCAAUGGCAAGAGUACCUACCACCAUCUCAAAUCUUGCUGUAGCAUAGUGGCUAUCUCAUAGGCUUCUGCUGAAAGUUAUAAAUGUUCAACUAUUUUUUUUUAAAGUAAAUGUAUGGGUUAUUUGGAGGUUCUAAUUGUAAGUGAAUGACAGUAACAAAUCCUUGGUUAAGGCUGAUAUAUUUUCCUUAACUAAAGUCAUUGUGCCUACAUUAUACAGUGUAUACUAUUUUGCACCUGUCUCUCGUUAGUUCGACUUGUACAUUUUAUGAUAAUAUAGUUAGGCAUAAGUUUUGAGUUGAGUACAAGCGCAGUUAAAAUACUGUAUCUACAUUUUGUUGGCUUCAGGUAUAACCUUGAUGUUAGUUUAACCCCUUGAGGAAUGAGAUAUAUAUAUAUAUAUAUAUAUAUAUAUAAGUACAGCAUUUUUGGUAGAAUUUGAUUCAGAUCUAGAAAAAUCCAAGAACUGCUCACUUGUAAUGUGGUCUGACACAUCAUGGGCUUCUUGGCAUUGUAUCAUGUGCUUGGACUCUGUUAGAAUGGUUGCAAAGAAAAUUAGAUUAUACAAAAUCAGUGAAAGGGUUGAGAUAAUAUAUUAUGUCCAUGUAAUAUAAAUCAAGUUUUAAAUUAUUUUUUUAUGAAAUCAAUAAAGAUGAUUCAAUUCUUUAAAAGUAAAUCUUUGUGUAAUUUUAUGAGAAAGCAGCUAUUAAAAUACAGUGAUUCAAAUCUAUACAGCAAUUUAUAUUCCAUAUUUAGUUUUCCAUUCUGAAUAAUAAACUGAAUAAAAAUAUUAAUUAGAAAAUCAUUUAAGACCAGCUUUCUUUUGUUGCUUUUUUAAAACAUUUAAUUUCUUUAAGCCGUAAGGAUGCAUAAAUUAUACAGGGCAUGGCCUCAUGAGUAACAUCAACAGGUAUUGCCGAAAGAAAACAUCCAGAAAUGUAUGGCGUUAAUAUUGAUCUAUAAUCUAUUUUGCAUGACUUCUACAUUGACAUUGUAUGAAAUGAGCACAGUGAGGUUUUUCUUGUUGUUGUUGAUAUUGUCGCAUCCAAAGAGCUGGGGAGAAAUACAUUAAGAAUGUAUUUAUAGUCAGUAUUUUGAAAUAAAGUAAAGAAAACACAUUGUAUUGUUUUUACCCUGAUUUGAUUAUUAGUCUUAGGUUAGUUUAUAAGACAAAAAUCAAGUAAAGCUAUAAGAGCUAAUGUAACUCACAGGAACUGUUUUAAUGACUUUUGUUUGCUUUUAAUAACAUCAAGGUAUUAGAGAGAAUUUAUUAAAUGCCAUUUUUAUGAAAGAAUUAAUAAAAUUGUUUGCUACAAUGGUA